AUGGGAAUCAAAAUAACUAUUUUCCUUAUGAUCUUCACGUACUUGUUCUUCCCAUGUAAGUACUAUGCAAUUGAAGCUUACGCUGCAAAAACCAACACUUUCACAGACAAAUCAGCCCUUCUUGCCUUAAAAUCUGCGAUCAAUGACCCCCAAAAUCUCUUGGAAAGUAGUUGGUCAUCAAAUACUUCUAUGUGCCAAUGGAUUGGUGUUACUUGCGGUGCACGUCAUCGCAGAGUUAGAGUCUUAAACCUUUCUAAUAUGAGUCUCACUGGCACUGUCCCUCCACAUAUUGGAAACCUAUCGUUCCUUGUCACCUUGAACUUCAGCAACAACUAUUUCCAUGGCAGUUUGCCCGUUGAAUUGUCUCGAUUGCACCGGCUAGAAAAAAUCAGUAUGGAUCGCAACAAUUUAACCGGAGAAAUUCCUUCUUGGUUGGGGUCUUUGUCAGAGCUUCAAUAUUUGUAUCUGAAUGAUAACGAGUUUGUCGGACCUAUACCUAUCUCCAUUUUCAACUUAACUUCGCUCCAAGUGAUUAGUCUUUACAUGAACAAGUUUUCAGGUGACUUUUUCCCUUAUUUUCUUGUUAUUGUUUAAUGCACAGAGAAAUGUUGGUGAU